UCUUGCAGUAUGCUUGUAAAUAUUUAUCUCUUUCCUCGAAAGCCAGUUCACGCUAAUAAUCACUAUAACGUAUAUUUAUUUUAUAUAAGCUACUUGUUAACAUUCCAAAUCGAUAUAUAAAUUAUACAGUUUAACUACGAAUGAUUUGUUAGCUAGGUUUCGGGUUAAUCGUAUUGUCGUAUUAUAAUAGAUAUAGAGUUGUGUGAGUGUGUCCAUACAUAUGCACAAAUGCAUAUUUCCACCAUUGGUAGUUGUGUUGUUUCUCUCUGUGCAAGCGCAAGCUUAUACCUAUUGCUCGCAGGGCCACUGCAGGCGCCGUCCGUCUGUUUCUUCUGUCAAAGCUCAUAAAAUAGCAGGAGAAAAUGUCGAUGUCAAGGAACUUCAAUAAUCAACGAUAGUCUUAAUUAAAAGUUUGACAACUGACCAGUGAAAAAAUGAGAGAAAAUGUGACGAAUUACAUUAGGAAAGUAAUUGACUCUUAAGAGGUAAAGCACAACAGGACAAUGAGUGGUCAGUUGAACAUCACAGUCAGACCAGAGGCUCGCCUUGAUGCUAAAUGGCUUAAGAUGGACCUCCAGCGCUUCCUCUCUAAAGAUGGACUUGCCGAAUUAUGGAAUGAAAUGAUCAGAGAUGGAGAAAUCGUAGGUGCCUUCAGUGAUGGUUUAAUUAAUUCAGCUGGUGUUAUUGCAAGAAAAGGAGAAAGUGGACAUUAUUAUUGUAAUUUAAGAGUUUUGUCAUGUCUUUGUUGUGAUGGAAUUUGUGGUCCACAAAGUGGAUGCAAUUGUAUUCCUUGCCAAAAAUUAGAUGAAGAGGAAGGACGUAUUGUAACCACAGAGAAAUCUAUUCCUGCUCAAUAUACUAUUGAUUCGUGGUUAUGGGGUCCCCAACCAUCACCAAAUGAAUUGACUUCAUGCAUCGAAUCCCUCAUAAAAGAACAAAGAAACCUAUGCCAUGAAGUAGCCAAUAGUACACUGUCUGCAACUAGACUUAGACAGCGCCUGGUAAUUGCUCGAAGAUACUUCACUGCCUUGUCGCGACACAAGCCCCAAGAGAACAAAGAAGUAGUUGCUGCUCCCAAAGCUAUCGUUAAGAUACAGAAAAAAAUGAAACCUAGUGAGAAAGCGACAGCCGGCCUCGCGCGAGUUGGCUCACGCGCUGCUCUAAACUUUUCAUUUGCAUAUCUGCGACGAGCUUGGCGGUCUGGCGAGGACAUUGACUUUUGCAGUGAAUUAUUAACCGAAUCGUUGGAAGCUCUACAGUCAUUACCCGAGGCAACACUAUUCGACGAGAACAACGUAUCGCAAGUAUGGCUGGAAGUGGUUGAAAGAUCUGCCAAAUUCUUGCGUCAAGUUGUCACGGGUGACGUAGUAUCAGGAAGAAUCUCAUGGUGUCCUGUGCCAGUUGCCGAUCAACACACAGCACUCUGCCUGUUGCUUGAGUUAGCGACGCAACGCGGUACAUUGUCUAGCCUUUUAGACUCCGUAAUCCUUCUGCUUCAGCUCAGCGAAAAACCAAAGAACCAAGACAACCGAGUAAUGCCACCAGGUAGUUCGGCGCCACUCAUACCCCUUCUUCGUCGUCUUAGUACUAUCGCAGCAACAAAGUCACGAAGACUCGACGAGAACGCAUCACCUGGCCCAUGCGAGGCUCUAUUAAAGUAUCUACGACUACCGGAGGAUGAUACAAUGCCAGUGGAUUUACGCAAGGCGGCUGUCAUUAUUAUGUGUCAUCUAAGUCGUCUUGCCAAGCCACUGUUACCACCUAUUUCAGAUCUGUUGAGAUCUGAAACGCAAAUGUCGCAAGAGGUUCUUGCCUGGGGUAACGUGCACUUUGGUAACGGUACGAUGCCCUAUUAUUGCGAUGCCAUCGCCGAGAUCGGCGUUAAACAGCUCUGUUGCUCCGAGAGAGCAUUGCUCAUACUAUCGUUGAAUGGCGCCGUUUACAUGAUGUACUAUGGCUCGGAGACGCAGUAUCCGCAAAGCGUUUAUGGAUUUGCAGAAGAUGUCAUAAUGAUUGCCUCCCAUCCGGAUGGCAAGCAUUAUUUGGCACUGACAACUAAGGGUAUAAUUUAUUCGUGGGGUAAUGGCGAUGGUGGUAGGCUUGGGCACGGUGACAGUUUCUCUUGCGAUGAACCUCAGGUAAUCGAAGUGCUUGCAGACAAAGUCGUAACGUACAUAGCGUGCGGGAGCACGUACUCAGCUGCGAUCACAAAUCACGGCGAACUAUAUACCUGGGGUAGGGGUAGUUACGGUCGAUUGGGUCAUGGUAUCUGCGACGAUAUCAACAUUCCAACUAUCGUGACGGCACUCAAUGGCCAUACUGUCACUCACAUCGCUUGUGGCAGUGGUGAUUCACAAACCUUGUGUGUAACCAACUCAGGUAUAGUUUUUUCGUGGGGCGAUGGUGAUUAUGGAAAACUUGGUAGAGGUGGCACAGAUGGUUCGAAGAUACCAAAGAUCGUCGAAAAAUUGAUGGAUCAGAACAUUGUUAAGAUUUUUUGCGGAGGACAGUUCUCGGCGGCUCUCACUGCUCAUGGCGAAGUUUAUACUUGGGGUAAGGGUGAUCACUAUCGAUUAGGCCACGGUAAUGAAGAACAUGUACACUUUCCAAAGCUAGUUGAAGGUCUUCGCAAUAAGAAGGUUCGCGAUUUGUCGAUCGGUAGUAUGCACAUCCUCGCGCUCACCGAAGAUCAAAUGGUAUAUGGAUGGGGUCGCAAUGACGCUUAUCAGAUUGAUCCAUCGUUUCCCUCAAGAGUAUCCGAGCCAACGUUAUGUCCAACCCUGAGCAAUAAAAGUGUCAUCGGUUUGGUUUGCGGUCCAACGCAGAGUUUCGCUUGGUCAAUGUCGACCUGGUCGGUCGCACAGCGAGUUGCUUUUGUGGUGGAUGUGUGUGAGGAAACGUUCAAACUACUUGAUUCUCUUCUUGCGAUAUCGUGCGAAGGACUACCUGGUACAAGACCACCAACACAGGAUUGCGAAUGCUUGGUAGUCGCUGCCUUGAAUCUCUUGAGACUGCAAUUACACGCAAUGAUAACUCACAACAUAGAUAGUAAAUCAGUAGGCUUGGGUAAUAACAGCAUGUUGUUGAGUUCGAUAAAGCAACGCUGCGUCAAUUUGGCGAGCGUAUCUGGAAUUUUAGUGACUAUUCAGGAAGCUGCACAGGCUGUGUUACAAACUGGAUGGAGCAUCUUACUCCCAACUGCUAACGAACGAGCUAAAACGCUUUCUGGUUUUCUGCCAAACACAAAUGCCCUUGAAAUAAACAUCCCUGGCUCGAGUAAUCGUGGUCAACAGUUUAUGGCUGACUUACUAGUCUCAAGUCUUAUGGCCGAUGGUGGUCUCGAGCUUGCUCUCAAGACGGCAAUCAAAGUCGAGAUAUCCGAUAUAUCGGAUGACAACAAAGAAAUAAUAACGAGUCAUCUUAAAGACUAUAACAGUGCCGAAGCUAAAGCAGGUUUCAAUACACACAAUGCCACAACCAUAUCCCUUUUGCAACUUGUCAAGCAACUCGUUCGCAAUGGUACCUGUAUCACGCAGUCGAGAUUUCGGGUUUUGCAGCAACAGCAGCCUAGACAUCAGGAAAAUUACAAGAAGAUCGAUAACUCACCGAGUUUGAGCUUAUUGCUGAGAUUUCAAAGGCUACUUAUUGCUCAAAUGCUCAACUGUAUUGACAAGUGUAGCAAUGGCUCUGAAUCACAAGACCAAGAGAUCUUAGGUGUUGAAUCGUUGUUAAACAAGUACAUAUGUCAAGUUUGCAAUCACGUAACAGAAACGAUGCCUAUAGCCAUAGAAAUAGCAAGUCUGAGCAGCAAACACUUCGUCAUAGUGGCCAGUAUUUUGAAAGUCGAUAUUAUCAACGUCUUACUGCCGGAACUCGUGAUUUGUUUGAUACUUCUUCAGGUUGACUACCCGACACUACUAUUAAAAAUGAAUUGGAUGAAGGUAUUAUCACCGGUUCUCGAUUCGCUAGAUCAGUUGAAUCAUUUAGCGCCGACAAUCGACAAAGAUGACGCGGAUGAUUUGUCGUGGCCUGGAAUUAUUGCACCUCAACACACGAACAAACUUUCAAUUCAGGACGAGCUCUCGUUAAUACGUUGGGCCGAUUUAGAAAAUCAUAAUCGUGACGGUGGCUUCUGGGUAGUUUUGAACAAUAGUGUAUACGAUGUCCAAGAUAUAUCUGGUUAUGACCCAACAUCUAUGGGCUACAAUCAAGAAAUUCUCCACAGACUGAUAAGCCGUGAGGCGCGUCACGGAAUGAUGGAUUCAUGUUUCGUUGGUUAUUACUGUCAACCUGAGCCCGACAAUAUGCAAUUCAGCAUCGAGGUAACCGAUGUUUGUUCGAGUCUUCUCGAUACCGAGCGUGCUUUGAGUUUUGUCCUCGGUUUACACGCUUACCGACUGCGUCAAAGUCUUGCCAUCCAACCAGCCGAGGAAGAAGCAGGUAAAUGGCUCGAGGCUAGUUUCCUUCGCGGCGGACUUCAUAUUCUACAGCCACCAAAUCCUUAUGAGGAAGAGAAAGGCGAAGCGAGAAGUAAUAAUUCCACUGCAGCAAAUUCACCAACGGAACCACCUCUCCUACCUAUCUGCAUGAAGGAUGAGCCCCAGCGAGUGACUGACGAUCGAGUAUUGACUUUUGUGCAGGCACUCGCGGAGACACAUAAAAGUGAUACUUACGUGCAAGCGUUUUUGGCAAUCGUUGAUCGAUAUUGCAAGACCAAUAAUUUGAUGUCACACGUGGACUUUUACGGUGAUCAUCCCGUAGAGGAGAUUGGCAGAUUAAUGAUGGCGGUAAUCGUUAAGCAUCUGGCACUUGGUCAUCAAACUAUUGCUCUUGUCGAUCAAGAAUUAUCCGAGGGCAACGUGAAACUCACUAAACCUCUCGUCGACAUGGUCAGAGCCAUUCAUCAAACCAAAUGGAAUCUCAUAAGAACGCGACAGCAGCAGAAUCGUAGCUACAAAGAAGUGUGCGCACCGGCUCAGGAAAAAUGUCGUUUUCUGUUGUACGAAGUUCGACCGGCGACAAGCUACGAGAUUAAAGGUCUCCGAGAUCUGAAAUUACUGUUUACGGUGCCGCGUUUCAAGCGAGCUGUUCAGCACGUGAUAGCUGAAAUUCGUAAAAAUGCGUCACCAAGCAAACCCGAGGACAUAGUCAACGCGUCGAUUCAAAACGCCAAAAGUAAGAGCAAGAGCGAAGAUACGAACGAAGAAAAGUCCACGCCUAGCAGCACAACAACGAGCACGAUACUGCCGGGUAAAUUGGAGGUGACAUCAAGUUGGACGAAUAUCAUUAGACAGCAGACCGAUAAGCUGAUGCGAAAGCCUUUAGCGAUGGACGCGCAUGAAUUAAUGACGAGUAUCGUCAGUUUUGUCAUCACAGAAGAGAACGGUGACGUUGAAACUCUAAGACGAGCGAUGUACUGUCAGAUCCAACGGGUUAAAAUGCGGGAGCAAGGACUCUUUAUGAUUCAGGAAUUGCUGCAGAAAGAUUACCUCGUCACGUCUGUGAAGUAUUCGUUGCUAAAUGGAUGGCUAGGACUGACGCACGAAAACAAGCAGCUCAGUUGCGGAAUCACUCAUUGUCUGAAAAACAUCCAGUCGGCCACACCGUACCUUCGGUUCAAAGUUAUACUUGCCGAAGCGAAAGUCACACUUUGGACGAUACAAGCUCUUCGGGCGUACGUAAUACAAGCGGAGUUGCCGAGCAAGUCGAGUAAAGCCAGUGGCAAAAGCAGUCUCAAUCAAGGCACCUACACCUGGUUAAGAAAGUUACCGAGAGCAAGAUUUCUACUGACGAUAUUCGGUAUGCUCACUGGUCAGCAUCAUGCUAACGACAUUGGCUUGCUCAUCAACUCGGGUCUUCUGUCAAGUGUGCUCACGUUACUGAGACAAAUUGGUCCGACCAAAGCUACGAGUUUAUCGGACAGCAAAGAGCUUCGUAGUAAAGACACCGGUGGUGUACCAGCGAUUUAUGAAGAUGUGGUGCACAAGUUCAAGCCACAAUCUAUACAGCUCACAGGACCGGAAUUAGCAGCACUCAUGAAGAUCGGCACAAGGGUCGUUAGAGGUGUCGACUGGAAAUGGGGCGAACAAGAUGGCCCACCACCUGGAGAGGGAACUGUUAUCGGCGAACUUGGUGACGACGGCUGGAUUCGAGUCAAAUGGGACAACGGCGCAACGAAUUCCUACCGCAUGGGCAAGGAAAAGAAAUUCGAUCUGAAGCUCGCCGAACCACCUGCACCACCCGAGAGCGAUUCCGACGAUGAACCACCGCAGAGCGAUUCCGCAAAGUCCGAGAGAGAUAGCGCCAGGGAAGUGCAUCCGACUAGAUACCUAAAAACUACUUCGGUCACGCUGCUGCAGGUCAUUUUAAUGUCUUGUGGAAUCGAAGCCGAGCGAGUUCAACCUUCGGCCAUUAGAAUUCUUUCUUCGGUUCUUCGCGGCGUCAUUUCUAACGCUAACAAGAAUGAUGCUAAUCCUCAAACUCUAUUAGCAAAAGAACAUGAAGAAUCAUGGGCUACGCUUGGGCUUCUUCGCGCAACAGCAAACUCACCGAUUUUUUGUCGAGCUUUAAGCACACCCGUCUGGGUAAACUUCUUGCUGAGUAUCGUCGCUGACGAAUCCAACGCAAACCUUCAAAAGCAAAUAAUGGCGAUUCGCCUACUCGGUACUGUAUUGCCCUCAUGGCUAGCCAAUAACACCGACAUGUCGGCCUUCUUCGAAAAAAGUUUUCGUCUUUUGGGUCGCAUCGGCUUGAUGUGCGAGGCAAGCAAUGAGCUACACGCCAACAAGUGCCGUGUCUCUCUCACUGCUUCGCAUGGCUCGACUUUGACUGAAGAACUUAUUGCUCUCAUACGUAAUCUUCACUCAUUAUCUGGAUGGAACGUCGCGCUCAAUACAUUUCUGGCAUCGAAGCUUGGCUUGGCUUCCGACUUGUUAAGCGAUGGACCGUUGUUUCAUAUACAAAUGAACGAGAAUGGUGGAGAGAAUAGUUCUGUUAUUCAACAGAUGGUAAUGGCAACUCUCAGUGUCAUUGGCGGUUUGGAUAAACGACCUAGAAUUGGUGGAUUGGUGGAGGUUGAUGGUCAAUUAGGGACUGUUUGCAAGUUCACACAGCAUUCCAAGUUGCAAUUACAAAUGUUGGAGAGUGGCUUGAAACGAAAAGUCCCUUUUGGCGCGUUCAAGGUCGUUAACGAAAAAUUUCAUCUUGACAAAAUGGCAUUAACUGAUCAACUUCAAAACAUAUGGGCAAAUCUACUGUUAGGUCACUGUGGUAUGGACAAACGACCAGGUGGUAAUCCUGUUAUAGCCGGUUCAGUGAACGCGUCAAUAUUGAGAAUGCAGCAACAGCAAUUAGCUGCUCUCAAUGCUGGCAAAACACUUAUCGAUUAUCAAUCGAAACUUAGGAAAGUACUACGGUGUUCUACUAAUGACAACGGCGAAGAUCGUAAUACUCUGCUGCAAGAGCUACUCAUUCGCGCAACAAAACCUCAACCGCUCAAGCCUGUUUUCAAAGUGGAUGAACUUGAGAUGGCUGCGCUCAUUGUUAGUCAGUACUUAGCAUCUGAAUUAAGACAUACUCCAAUUCACUGUUCGGGGGGUCCAGUAGGAUCAGAUCCAACAACUCCUGUCUCCGACAUCUCUUUACUCUCUAUGACCUCGAGCCAGAAGCGCUAUUUCAAGAACACCAGUAAAUCAUGCAAUCAAGUUGGCGGCAAAAUUGCGCCACCAGCAGCAAAUCCAAUUGUCACUCAAGUCACCGAGAUGGGAUUCGACAAACGAAACGUUGAGUUUGCCAUAAAACAUAUCAGCAUGAACAUCACACCCGAAACGGUUGUUGGAUGGCUCCUUGAAAAUCCCGAAAUAACGCUGAGUGAUUCGGAAACGAUAUCCAGCAUAGAGGACGCGUGCGAUUCCGACGAUUCGAGCAGCGAGGACGUCGACGACGACCCAUCAUUUCAGGAGUUAGGUGGUUCAACACAACCAACUUACAUGAAACGCUCUGACUUUUUAUCAGUCGACGAAUACGCUAUUUACGUCAGAGACAAUGUAAAAGUUGGUAUGCUCGUAAGGUGUUGCAAGACCUAUGAAGAAGUCGUUUACGGUGAUGUGGGGCAAGUGGUAAAGAUAGAUCCAGAAGGACUACAUGACUUGAAUGUACAGGUCACGUGGCAACAUAAAGGUAGCUCUUAUUGGGUAAGAUUCAUACACAUCGAAUUACUUGGACAUCCGCCUACGUUACCUGGUCCGCCAGCUUUAAAAGUCGGGGACAAGGUUCGAGUCAAGCCAUCCGUAGCAGUACCAAAAUACAAAUGGGGCUCGGUUAAUCACAACAGUGUCGGUGUAAUAACGGCGAUUCGCAAUAGCGGCAACGACGUGUCGAUCGAUUUUCCCCAACAGAGCAGUUGGACUGGCUGUGCCGCGGAAAUGGAGCGAGUGCCCUCGUGUCAUCACUCAGUCACCUGCAACUCGUGUCAUGCCUCGCCGAUCUUGGGGCCGCGUUUUAAGUGCAAGUCCUGUGAUAACUACAACUUGUGCGAACAUUGCUUCUACACUAAGCGUACACACAGGCAUGGUUUUAACAGAAUCACGGAGCCGAGCUCUGCUGCUGUGUAUGCCGGAAGGCCUGGAAGAUAUCACAGGCAAGAUCUUCUCGAGCCGCCAUUAAUCGACGAUUGGUCUCGAUGCAUUCGUACAUUGAGCGUAUCAUCGAACGAGCGUUUUGCGACUCGUCUAGUCGAUGGUUCGAACAAGUUCUGGCAAAGUAGUGGCCCACAAGGAUCGCAUUGGAUUCGUAUGGAGAUGUUACCAGGUAUCCUCAUCCAUUCGCUGAAGAUCAUUCUGAAUCCACAUGACAGUAGUUACAUGCCAACAAUGAUUUCUGUAAAUGCCGGUGAGUCAUUCGACAUUAUGCUCGAGUUGGCUAGCAUCAGCGUUAAACCCUACGAUUCGAUCGUCAAUUUAUUGCAAGAUAUUAAAGAAUAUUUACCCUGCGUCGAGAUCGCCAUCAAAGAGUGUAGAAAUGGUGGAAUCGAUUGCAAGAUUCACGCGCUACAGAUAGUUGGCUACAAAAAAGACUUUGAGAAUCCAUUGGCUACCUCUGUAUCGUUUUUAGCCUCCGACUGGGAAGUUGUGCAGGAACAGAUGUCUGCUCAACGAGCUAGCGAUGCCCAACAGACUUCUGCCGUUUAUGUUUGGGGAUUAAAUGACAAAGAUCAACUUGGUGGAUUAAAAGGAUCCAAGAUCAAAAGACCUGUAUAUAGUGAAGUGCUGUCGAAAUUGAAACCCGUUCAUAUUGCUGGCGGCAGUAAAACACUCUUCAUUGUCAGUCAAGAAGGCAAACUUUAUGCUUGUGGCGAAGGUACAAAUGGACGUCUUGGCUUAGGAGACAACAACAACGUGUGCGAGCCCAAACCUAUUCCCUUUCUCAGUCAGUACAUCAUCAAGAAAGUAGCCGUGCAUUCGGGUGGUAAACACGCAUUGGCAUUGACACAAGACGGCAAAGUAUUUUCUUGGGGUGAAGGCGAAGAUGGGAAACUAGGCCACGGCAAUCGAUCAUCACUAGACAAACCGCGAUUGAUCGAAGCCCUCAAAUCAAAGAGAAUCAGGGAUAUCGCGUGUGGAUCUGGUCAUUCAGCUGCGAUUGCAAGUAACGGAGAGUUGUACACAUGGGGUUUGGGGGAAUAUGGGCGAUUGGGCCAUGGAGACAGAACAACGCAUUUGAAACCGAAGCUGAUUGAGGCAUUAGUUGGCCAACGAGUUAUUCAAGUGGCUUGUGGUAGCAGAGACGCGCAAACUAUGGCUCUGACGGAAGAUGGAUCGGUGUAUUCUUGGGGCGAUGGAGAUUUCGGUAAACUUGGUCGAGGCGGAAGCGAUGGUUGCUAUUCACCUCUGUCGGUCGAUCGCCUCAAUGGUCUUGGCGUCGUGCAGAUCGAAUGUGGUGCUCAAUUUUCACUGGCACUAACAAAGUACGGCGAAGUAUGGACUUGGGGCAAAGGCGACUAUUUUAGGCUAGGCCAUGGCAACGAUCAUCACGUGCGUCGUCCUAUGCUCGUCGAAGGUUUAGCCGGCAAAAAGAUCAUUCACGUUGCCGUGGGUGCUUUACAUUGUCUUGCUGUGACGGAUACUGGACAGGUGUACGCGUGGGGUGACAAUGAUCACGGACAGCAGGGAAAUGGCACGACAAUCGUUAAUAGAAAACCGUCACUCGUACACAAUCUCGAGGAUACGAAGGUCAACAGAGUUGCUUGUGGAUCUAGUCACAGUAUAGCUUGGGUGUUGACCGAACAACCGACUUUGGCGAAUCAAGAACCUGUUACUUUUCCUACAACUAAAGACCCAUUAGGCCAAGCUACCCUUGGAUUCGCACAAGACAAAGUUGAGACAAACGUCGUGGUACCAUUGACGAAAUGUAUUAGACCAUCACUUGCCAAUAUCAUCCUGUCGCUUGAGAGUAAUGUGGCGAAGCAGCAGGCGUUACAGCACGUUUUGAAUGCGCUGUUUAUCAUGCAAGCGAGAUCCGCUGUGGUGACGGCUUUGCAGAGUCACACCGCGCAGAGUUAUGGUAAAGGUACCGCUUCACCAGAAUCACAACCCGAUGCUCCGAUGAACUCAAGCAACGGAGCAACAGUUCGCUGGGGAAGUAACGAGGUUAUCAGUGAAAUAGCUCAGGGUGGUGGUGAAGGGCUAGCGAAUGCCUCGGAAGUAGCUAACAUCGUAGCCAGUCCACGAGCAUCCCCCGAAUCCGAAGAAUUUCCACUGGCUAUAUUCCCAUCGAUAUCCAGUUCCGCCAGUCUCUCUUCACGCGCCUCCAAAAUGUCAUCGAGCAGCGCAAUGAGUGUCAUUGCUGCCACUCUCACGUCAAAUGCACAAGUGGUGGGGGAAGGUAUAAGUACUGAACCUGGUUUGGAUGAAUUUACUUCACAGUUGAACGAAGACGAUGCUCGAAUACUAGUCGACCUACUGAAACUUGCAGUAGCUAAUAGAGUGUGCGAUACAGCUCAAGAAACGAUAUCCUUGGUGUUGAUAGCGCUUGGAAAAACCAAUCAAUCGAUCGGUACGAUGCUUCUUGAGCUUUGCGUGACGGAGCUUGAGGAUACUGCGGCAAAUUCUAAUUGUAUUAACAAGACGCCACAGCAAGUUGUGCAAGAGACGCCUCAUCCUUACUUAGACGAUACAACUGUGACUGGACAAGUGAAGAUAUCUGGCGCAGAAGCACUUCGCGUUGAGUUCGAUAGGCAGUGUUCCACCGAGAGGAGGCAUGAUCCACUUACUAUCAUGGAUGGGAAUAACAGGAUCGUCGCAAUUAGAUCCGGAAGGGAUUGGAGUGAGUGGGCUACGGAAAUCAGAAUUGAAGGCGAUGAACUGCGCUGGAGAUUCACGUCAGAUGGUUCAGUGAACGGCUGGGGUUGGCGAUUUACCGUUCACCCAACACUUUCAAGUCUCGCUCGACAAGAACUCGGCUCCGAUCGUGCAAUACUUUCUCAGCCAUCUAUCGCUUUGGCAGAAUGUUUGCUUGACAAUAGCUUGAUCAGCUUGGACAAGAAUAUCGUAACGAGACUUGCAGCAGCUCUCGCUCAGUGUAGUCAAUUGAGUAAUCUCAACGCUAAACAACGAAUGUGGGCACUGAAGAAGUUGCAAGUGGUCGGUCAGUGUCAUCCGGGUAGACCUGAUGCUGCAUUAUCGAGUUUGCUCGGUUCGCUGCCGCAAGCUUUGCUGAGGCAAUAUGAAUACGAAGAUCCAGCUGUCAGAGGUGGUAAGCAACUGAUGCAUAGCGAUUUCUUCAAAGUCCUCGUUGCUCUUGCUUGCGACUUGGAGCUUGAUGGGAUGAAAUGCUGCUCGGAAAUCCACAAGUGGUCGUGGUUUCGACGAUAUUGUCUAGCGGCUAGAGUAGCCAAAUCUUUAAUCAAUCGAACACCAUUACCUAAAGCAUUCUGCGUAGAAGUGACAAAGCGAAUUAAUGAGAUGGUCACCGAUGGCGAUAAGAAUCUGAAGGAUCACGAGAAUCACGAUAUAUUCAAACAAGAGCACGACGAGCAAUUACUACAGUGGUUAAAUCGUCGACCUGAAGAUUGGACUUUAUCAUGGGAUGGUUCGGGAGCAAUUUACGGCUGGGGUCACAAUCAUCGAGGUCAGUUAGGUGGGUUGGAGGGAGCUAAAGUUAAGUUGCCUAUGCCUUGCGAGAGCCUGUCCUCUUUAAGGCCUAUUCAAUUGGCUGGCGGUGAGCAAACGCUAUUUUCUGUUACUGCGGAUGGCAAAGUUUAUGCAACUGGAUACGGAGCACUUGGUCGGCUUGGUACUGGAGGCGUGGAUUCGGUGAUGGUACCGACGUUACUAGAGUCAAUUCAGCAUAUAUUUAUAAAGAAAGUAGCAGUCAAUUCUGGAGGCAAACACUGCCUUGCGUUAAGUGCCGAGGGCCAUGCGUAUUCGUGGGGUGAAGGUGACGAUGGCAAGUUAGGACACGGCAAUAGAAAUUCAUACGAUCGACCAAAGUUGAUUGAAGCCCUGGUGGGAACUGAGAUCGUUGAUAUAGCUUGUGGUGGGCAUCAUAGUGCAGCGAUAUCCAGUGCUGGAUGGUUGUAUACGUGGGGCAAAGGUCGAUAUGGCAGAUUAGGUCACGGUGACAGCGAUGACCAGUUGAAACCGACGGUGGUGACGGCUUUGCAAGGUUACAAAGUUAUUGACGUAGCUUGCGGAAGUGGCGAUGCGCAAACAUUAUGCGUUACGGACGAUGAUAACGUUUGGAGUUGGGGCGAUGGAGAUUACGGCAAAUUGGGACGAGGCGGUAGUGAUGGUUGUAAAGUACCGAUGAAGAUCGAGUCGCUUGCUGGUCUCGGCGUUGUUAAGGUCGAAUGUGGCAGUCAAUUUUCCGUUGCACUCACGAGAUCUGGAGCUGUUUACACUUGGGGAAAAGGAGAUUACCAUCGUCUAGGACAUGGCACCGAUGAUCACGUGCGUCGUCCUCGCAAAGUAUCAGCUCUCCAAGGCAAGAAAAUAGUAUCCAUUGCAACCGGUUCACUUCACUGCGUGGCCUGUUCCGACAAAGGUGAAGUCUACACUUGGGGUGACAACGACGAAGGUCAACUCGGCGACGGCACGACUCACGCCCAGCAGAGUCCACGGCUGGUUCACGCUCUCCAAGGCAAGAACAUAACGCGCGUCGCCUGUGGGAGUGCUCACACUCUUGCUUGGAGUACAACCAAAGCUACUCACAGUUUACCAGCUGCAACGCCUAUGGAGUACGAUCUUGUCAAGGAUUUACCAUUCUCGGCUUUGCAUAAUCGACUCGUACUGUUGCAUCAUUUUGCCGAAUUGCUAUGUCCGACACUCGCAAUGUUCCCUACGACCGGAGCUGUGGGCUUGAACAAACUCGCACCGAUGCUUGUCUACACGAUCAAAGAAGCGACUUUCCGUAAAGUCGUACAAGCAACGAUGGUAAGAGAUCGACAACAUGGGCCAACGAUUGAGUUGAAUAGGAUACAAGUGAAGAAGGCUAGAAGUAAGGGUGGUUUCGCUGGACCUGACGGCAUAAAAUCCGUGUUCGGACAGAUGGUAGCGAAGAUGUCGUUGCUGACGCAGGAUGUGUUAUUUUUACCCCAUCGAAUCUGGAAAGUGAAGUUUGUAGGUGAAAGCGUUGACGACUGUGGAGGUGGUUACAGCGAGAGCAUAGCCGAAAUAUGCGAUGAGCUGCAAAAUGGCUCUCUACCUCUUCUGAUUCCAACGCCUAACGGUCGCGAUGACAGUGGCACCAAUCGAGACUGUUUCAUACUCAAUCCCUUGGCCACUUCACAGUUGCACAUAAGUAUGUUCCAAUUCCUUGGCAUACUCAUGGGCAUUGCUAUAAGAACAGGCAGCCCUCUAAGCUUGAACCUUGCCGAGCCUGUUUGGAAACAAUUGGCUGGCAUGUCUUUAACUCCAGCUGAUCUUACGGAGGUAGAUAGGACUUACGUACCAGGGCUUCUCUGCAUCAGAGACAUGAAUCCGCAGGAGAAGGUUUUUCAUACUUUAGAGAUGCCUUUCUCAACGCCAUCGGCUGAUGGCCACGACGUUCCUUUAUCCACAAGGUACCGCAAAAUCACUCCAGAAAAUAGGCACGAGUACGUAAGACUUGCCCUCAAUUAUCGAUUACAUGAAUUCGAUCAGCAAGUGGCUGCGGUGAGAGAGGGCAUGUCUAAAGUAGUUCCUGUUCCUCUGCUGACCUUGUUUAGUGGAAAUGAACUGGAAACUAUGGUUUGCGGAAGUCCAGACAUUCCGUUGGGAUUGCUCAAAUCUGUUGCAACGUACAAAGGAAUUGAAGUCAACUCGCCACUGAUACAAUGGUUUUGGGAAGUCAUGGAAGAAUUUUCCAAUCAAGAAAGAUCUUUGUUUCUAAGAUUUGUCUGGGGCAGAACGCGAUUACCCCGAACGAUAGCUGACUUUAGAGGACGUGACUUUGUUCUUCAGGUCAUGGACAAGUACAAUCCACCGGACCAGUUUUUACCCGAGAGCUACACGUGUUUCUUCUUGCUGAAAAUGCCACGCUAUUCGUGCAAAAGUAUCCUCCGUCAGAAGCUUAAAUACGCAAUACAUUUUUGCAAGAGUAUCGAUACCGAUGAGUACGCGCGAGUACAGGCAGACUCGGAUACCGAUGACACUGAUAGUAUUGCCAGUGAGGAGCACACAUCUUUGUAAUUGUGAAGAGCAGUCGUUGUUUAUUAAACGACACAUACACACGUACAUAAAUACACUCCGUUACCAAUGCAAACAUACAUCAAAAAGAUACAUACAAACAAAUAAAUGAAAUCAUGGCUUUAAACGCAUUUUUACCAUGCAAGUGAGGGCAUCUUUCGUGAGCCGCUUUGUGAUAUAUGUACUAUUGUUUUUCUUAUCGAACCCGCGCGAGGAUUUUGUUUUGUAAUAUAAAUUAUGCGUUUUUUCGGUUUUUGCGAAAGAAAAACUUUCAUAUUACAUUCUAAUAGCUUUACUUUGUUUUCUUUUUUUUUGUUUUUUUUUUAAAUUAUUGAAAUCGUCAUAUUGCUUAGGAGCGAAUGAAUGAUUUUUAGGAAUGUUUAUCUAAUGCGAGUAUGGGGAGAGAGAAAGAAUAUAUAUUUAUUUAUAACAAUCAAUGUACUUUAUCCGAGUACAUUACUUGACUAAUUAAGUUUAAUCUUAGUUCGUUUUUUUGCAUUCGUGGAAAAGCUGAAUAUUGUACAGAACUGCGCACUUUUUGAAUUCCUUUUGUGCAAAUGUGAUAUUACGAGUUAUUAAACGCUCUAACUAAAGAUUGUGAAAUUAUUUAAAAUAAAUUAUAAUUCGAUUACAUGAUAUGCGUGAGUUUUCAAUGUCUGUCAUCCUAAAGAUAUUAUUUCCAAGCGAGCGUUGAACUUGCGAUAUAAUUAUUAAGUUCAAUAGUAGUUUGUAUCGUAACGUAUGAAAUGAGAGGGAAUUCAUUUUAAUAAUAACCAUAUCAAUUAACAUUGAGACAUUAAAUCGGAAAUAUUGGAAUUUUUUUGUUAAU